CACCAUCAAAAUGUACUACAAGCUGUUGAGCUGUGAUGCGCAAUUGGUGAUUGUCAUUACACGUGAGUAUCGUUAAGGUCAACAAAGCAAAUGUAACAACCGUUUUAACGUUUAAGCGGAAAAAAGAACAAAUACAAAAACAACACGUGGCCUUUCAAAUAUGUGUCAAAGGUCACGAGACAAUAUGCGCCACGUUCAAUGCAUACAUCUAGUAUAUAUUUUAUAUUUGAAUAUUAUGUUGUUGCAUAAUCUAUAUUUCAGCGGUGUCGAAGUGAGCUUUGCGGUUUCGCCGUUAUUAAAGUAGCGGAUAUUGACAUUACAACGAUCCAAUCUGUGCUCUCCGUCCGUGGAAAACCUCUGGCGACAGCCAAUCACGUAGACGAGGGGCGGGACUACAAACCGUGUCAGUUCAGGUGGCUGAAUAGUGUUAUCCGGCGGCGUGUUAUUCUUUAACAAAAACUCAACUUCUACAAAUAAAUUCACGGCUGCCAGAGGCGAUACGAGGCGGCGGUUCGUUGACCUCCACCUUUGCUCGACAUUCGUCUUUUAACUGUUCGCUAUUUGACGGCCACGGUUCCGGGACUAAGAUCGACCCAGAUUGACAGUGGAGGCGGACAUCGUUUUUAGCCGACAGUAGCUCACUCGUCCCCACCGGCUGCCUCAGCGCUGUAUGUGCGGCAACAACAUGUCAGUGCCUUUACCUGCCAUCGUGCCUGCUGCCCGGAAAGCCACUGCAGCGGUGAUAUUUAUGCAUGGCCUUGGUGAUACUGGCCAUGGCUGGGCAGAAGGUUUCGCAGGCAUCAGGUUACCACAUGUGAAAUACAUCUGUCCACACGCUCCCACCAUGCCUGUUUCUUUGAACAUGAGAAUGUCCAUGCCUUCUUGGUUUGAUAUCUAUGGGUUGAGCCCAGAUGCCAAUGAAGAUGAGGCUGGUAUUAAAAGAGCGUCGGAGAACAUUAAAGCCUUGAUUGACCAAGAAGUGAAAAAUGGAAUACCGUCACACAGAAUUCUCCUGGGGGGAUUUUCACAAGGUGGAGCGUUGUCUCUCUAUACGGCUUUGACAACUCAGCAGAAGCUAGCUGGAGUCGUCGCUCUGAGCUGCUGGCUUCCUCUCCGCAAUUCCUUCCCUCAGGCAUCUGGCAGCAGUGUUAACAAGGACAUGCACGUCCUCCAGUGCCACGGAGACGCCGACCCCCUGGUGCCCUUUAUGUUCGGCAGCCAGACGGCGGAGAAGAUGAAAAGCCUCGUCAAUCCGGGCAACGUCACCUUCAAGUCGUAUCGGGGUCUGCCUCACAGCGCCUGUCCUGAGGAAAUGGUGGACAUCAAACGAUUCAUAGAGAAGCGGCUUCCUCCCAUCAGCGACGAAUGAACUCGGGAGCGGCCGCUCAACCGCACGGCGCCAUCGGAGUCCUCUGGGCUCGACCCCAGCGUGACUCUGCGGACUCCGGGAACCACUGACUUACUUGACAAUAAUACCACGCUGCUACUUGUAGAGCCAGACAGGACGGGGGCUUUGUGUUAACCCGGAGAAGCACAACAAUAAACACUGUUGCAUCCUGACCUGGAGCCACAAACAACCCCUUAGUGUUAGAGUAACAUUAGCUGCUUGAUUGUAAAGCUACUUCCCAUUGAGACGAGCCAUUUCUGACAGGAAACAUAUGUAUUGGAAUAACUAGGGCUAUACUUUAUGGUUUAAUACCUGCUAUCUCACAAUAAAUGGCCUCUUGUUUAA